CGGCUCCCGGGCCGGUAGCGCCGCUCUCGGUCGCGCGACUGGUCUUGUGGCCCCGCCGCUCUCGGCCCGCUCCGUCCGCCGCUGCUCAGCCCCGCGCCGCCGAGGCCGUCGCUCCCGAGCCCCCGCCAUGGACUUCGACGACGAUUACACACACUCUGCUUGCAGGAAUACUUAUCAGGGUUUUAAUGGAAUGGAUCGUGAUUAUGGCCAUGGAUCUUAUGGAGGGCUGGAUCGUGACUAUGGCCAUGGAUCCUAUGGGGGUCAAAGAUCCAUGGACUCCUACCUAAACCAGUCAUAUGGCAUGGACAAUCACAGUGAUGGUGGUGGGGGUAGCAGGUUUGGACCUUAUGAGUCUUACGACUCCAGGUCUUCUCUGGGUGGGCGAGAUCUGUACAGAUCUGGCUAUGGUUUUAAUGAACCCGAACAAAGCCGCUUCGGAGGUAGUUAUGGUGGUCGAUUUGAGAGCUCCUACCGGAAUAGCCUUGACUCUUUCGGAGGUAGAAACCAGGGCGGGUCUAGCUGGGAAGCACCUUACUCCCGUUCAAAAUUGAGGCCUGGGUUUAUGGAGGACAGAGGAAGAGAGAAUUACUCUUCCUACAGCAGUUUUUCUUCACCCCAUAUGAAGCCUGCACCUGUAGGCUCUCGGGGGAGAGGAACGCCUGCUUAUCCUGAAAGUACGUUUGGAAGCAGAAACUAUGAUGCUUUUGGAGGACCAUCAACAGGCAGAGGCCGAGGCCGAGGACAUAUGAGUGAUUUUGGAAGCAUUCAUAGACCUGGAAUUGUUGUUGACUAUCAAAACAAACCCGCCAGUGUGACAAUUGCCGCUGCAAGAGGAAUAAAGAGAAAAAUGAUGCAACCUUUUAAUAAACCCGGUGGAACCUUUAUCAAGAAACCCAAGCUAGCAAAGCCCGUGGAGAGGAUGGCUCUCAGCAAAUCACCCACAAAAACUGAUCCUAAAAAAGAAGAAGAAGAAAAGCGACGAAUUGAGGCUCGGCGAGAGAAACAAAGGCGCAGAAGAGAAAAAAACAGUGAGAAGUACGGAGAUGGAUACAGAAUGGCUUUCACAUGUUCAUUUUGUAAAUUUCGAACAUUUGAAGAAAAAGAUAUUGAACUGCAUCUGGAAAGUUCUUCUCAUCAGGAAACGUUAGAUCACAUUCAGAAACAAACCAAAUUUGACAAAGUAGUUAUGGAGUUUUUGCAUGAAUGUAUGGUUAAUAAAUUCAAGAAAACAUCUAUUCGCAAGCAACAGACAAAUAAUCAAACAGAAGUUGUAAAAAUAAUAGAAAAAGAUAUUAUGGAAGGUGUUACUGCAGAUGACCACAUGAUGAAAGUAGAGACUGUUCACUGCAGUGCUUGCAGUGUAUAUAUCCCUGCUUUACAUAGUUCAGUUCAGCAGCAUUUAAAAUCUCCUGAUCACAUCAAAGGGAAACAGGCUUACAAGGAACAAAUCAAAAGAGAGAGUGUCUUGACUGCUACAAGCAUUUUAAAUAAUCCGAUAGUGAAGGCACGAUAUGAACGUUUUAUUAAGGGUGAGAAUCCUUUUGAAAUUCAGGAUCAUUCUCAAGAUCAACAAAUAGAAGGAGAUGAGGAGGAGGAAGAAAAGAUUGAUGAACCCAUUGAAGAAGAGGAGGAGGAAGAAGAGGAGGAAGAAGAGGAAGCAGGAGAAGCAGAGGAAGUGGAGGAAGUAGAAGAAGUGGGGGAAGGUGGAGGAGAAGAGGAAGUAGGAGGCAGCACAGCAGCUGGUGGGGACACACUGGAGGAAGAGAAAGCGGUGGGAGGUGGAGAAGAGGGAGGGGGGGAAGUGGAGGAAGUAGGGCAAGAAGAAACAAAGGAGGAAACUGUCAGUCCUUCUGUUGACCAACCUGAAGAAAAUUAAAUAUAAGGUAUUAGAUUUAAAAGAAGCUUUAAAUUUCUGUCCUAAUGUGGAAAAGGGUAAGAAUUUCAAUAGUUUAAUAAAAAUGAGUUAACAUCCAUGUUGCAUGCAUUCCACAUAUUAAAUUUUAUUUUAUAUAAUUUUUAAAUGUUUGGCAUUUGUUUAAUAAAAUGAAGGUAAGGCUAUUUUAGUUUAGUUUUUAUAGCUACCAAACUUAGAUUCAGUAAAUUGUUUGUAUAAUUUUUAGGCUUAAUUUUUAUUACUUUAUUGGUGUUAAGGAUGACAGGUGUGUAUUGUUAGUAUAUCCUAAUCAUUUAAACUUAAAUGCUGCUCUUGGGAGUAUAUAUUCAAGUGUGCAUUAAUGUUUUGAAUACUUACCCUAGAAGAGAUAAAUUGGGCAAGUAUUUUGUGCUGACUGUGUAUUUUUUUACUGCAUUGGACAUUGAAUAGUAAUUUGCGUUGAGAUACGCUUAAAGGCUUUUUGUGACCAUGUUUCCCUUUGUAGCAAUAAAAUGUUUUGUACAAAAACUUUCUCCCUGGAUUAGCAAUUUUAAAUCAGAGUUCCUCAAUUAAAUGAGUAUUUAAAAUUAGGAUUUGCCUUAAUGUAUGAGUUCAACUCAAGUAUUUCAAGAUAAUUGAGAAGACUUGAAUUAAAAAAUUAUCUCUAUCAUAUUUUUAAAAAGUUUGACUAAAAUAUUUUUUUAACAUUUCAAAUAGAGGUCAGUCAAACCUGACCUGUUUAUACUUGUUUUUUCAUUUCUUAUCUCUGUGCCUCUGUCAACUUGAAAUCUUCUUGAAAAUACAUUUGAAUAUAAAUAAUUUUUCAUAGUUGUAUUCUUUUGUCAUGUCCAUUUUUGGUUGAAGAACCAAGAAACACUUUUUUUAAAAAAAGUUUCUCACAUAAUACUCUUCAUUUUUAAUUUUUAAUGGCUCAUGUGCUUGCCUAUUCAGAGAGAAAAGAUGAGAAGAUAUAUCAUCUGUUUUCAAAUAACCAUCUGAGUUACUGAAAACAAUUAUUUCUUCAAGUCUUUACUCUGGCCUCUUUCAAGAGAGGGGACUCAUUCAGUGAAAUUAUCUUCUUGAAAUUUCGAGACAUCAAAUGAAUAUGGGAAUAUUAAGUAACUUUAAGGCAUUAAGUAGAUGUAUGUAUGGAAUUUUAUAGAUAAUUUUUCUCUUUGCAUGCAGUAAAACUUCUAAAAAUUGGUUUAUUUUGGCCAAUUAGGGUUUAUUGUUGUAGACUAGGUUUGCUUAUCUUUUAGUUGGGAGAAUUUGCUAGGCAUUUAUAUCCACUUGUUGGGAUUUGAAACAAAAUAAAUGAAGAUUAAAAAGACUUAAGAAAGUCUCUUUGCUUAAGAGUUCAUAUUUUAAGGGCAGUAGGAUUUGAUCAACUCUCUUGUUUCUCUUUUAUUUUAAAAUAUUUGUGGAAGAGCUGAGGUAAAAGAAUAGAUAGCUUUAGGUUAGAAUUAAUGGGUUCUUUUGGCAUUAAGUGUGGGGGGGGAUUGUGUUUUUGUUUUUUAAAAGAGUGUUUGGUAAUUUUGAGAUGUGAAACUUUUGGAAAGAAUUCUGUGUAACAAAAAUCCUGUGUAACAACUUCCAAGUAAAUGUUUUAGAAUUGAGACAUAGGAAAGAACAUCUAAGUAGUAACUUUUGUGAGAAACAUGUAAGAAUAUUUAUUCAGACUAGCUUAUUUGCAAGGUAUUAAUAAAGUAUUUUGUUAUUGUGCUUGAUUCAGAAAUUCAAAUUUAUGUAUCUUAUUGGAUUAUUUGUAGAUGGACAGUUUAGUUUGUAGGGAGAUUAAUUUCUGUCAUCUUAGUGUUUUAUAUUCUCAAUACUUUUGUAAUAAGGAGUUAUAUGAGAUCUUUAAUAACUUUUCAGCCUCUGUUACCCAAACAUCAUUUGUUUUCUUUAUUAAAAAGCUAAUUACAUAGUUCUAAUAAUCAGAGAAAUUUAUUUACAAUCUACACAAUUCUUUAAGCCAGAUACUUAGGGGCUAUCCUCUAUUUUUCCUUUUUUUAUCACCUCCUACCUCUAUUUUACUGGAAAGUAUGUAUGUGUUUCUACUUCAGAAAUUUAUAUGCUCACUCUUACACCUCCACUGCUACUGACUCAGCUCAAAUCACCAUCAUCACUUUUUUGGGCUGUUGAAAUACCUUGUUAACUAAUCGGGCUUUUGAUUUUUAUCCUGUUAGACUCAGUUUUCCAUAUAGAAGUACCUUCUCAAAAUGUAGUUAAAACAGUGCUAGUAUCUCCUGCUUCCUCGUACCUGUACAUUCCAAAUUCCUCAUAACAGUCAGGCCUGCUGUAUUGGUAGCUUUCCUCCUUUUUAUCAUACUGUUCUAUUUCCGACCAGUUUGUGUUCAGUGGACCUUUACUCUCUCUAACUUGUAUCUGUCCGCUCUCCUUGACUGAAUGAAUCUUUAUCCCUCUGAUUACCUUAAAUGUUAGAAGAGAAUUUUCUGAGGAAACAUGAGGGUAGUAUUAAAUUUUUGUGUAAGUGAGGGUUUGGGACCUUGACCCUAGAUUUAAUUACGAGGUCCUAUUCUUUGGAGAUGAUGUAUUUUUAAUAGAUACCAGGUGAUUCUGAUUUUAGUGGGUAGUGAUUGCAUUUUGAGAAUAUUGACUGGGCCCCCAAACAAAUUUUUAGUGCCUGCAACUCUCCUACGUCAAAUUGAGAGCUUCUGCCCUUUAAUUAAAAGACAGGUAAGGUGUGGGGAUUUUUCCAAGAUAUUUUAUGAAAGCAUUGGAAUGACCUGUAACAGACCUAUAGAGUCAGGUAACUGGGCUUUAUUUUUAUUUGGGUUCUUUUUAUUCCAUUAGAAUACUCAUUCUUAAAAUCACAUCAUGGAGUAAUAAUAAGAAUAGUUUUCCCACAUAACAAAAUCUCUCAUAUGUCAGUCCCCUAUUAGAAAUUAUUCAUUGGCUUCCCAUACCAGUCAAUAUGACACCUUUUUCUUGGCGCCUGUGGCUUUAUGUGUUUUGUUCCUUGCUUCCUUUCCCACUCUUUUUCAUAUCUUAAGUCUUAACACUUUGUCUUAACUUCUGACCCGUAAACAUUUGAAUUUAUGAUUCUUGCUCUAGGAGACAGAGUGGUUCCUGGAGUUGCCAAUAUUUAACUGUAAGCUAACUAUAUUAUGACAUCUAGAGAUUCCAUUUUGUAAUAAAAUCUGUAUUUUGUAAUAAGAUAAAAUCUAUUGUAAUUUAUAUGAGAUUACAUAAUAUAUAAAAAAUCUUUAAUACUAAGGUGAAAAUAACAAAAAAUUAUAGAAAUUCAUAUACCAAAAUUCAUGGACCUAUUAAAAAAAACUAAAGCAAAUGUUGAUGGUGCAUGUUAAAAUCUAUUUGAGAAUUCUGUUUUCAUUGGCAAGAUUGUUGUUUUGUUGAGACAGAUACUAUCAGAUCAACUUAUCAGACAUCAUUUAACAUUGUGUUUGUUUUGAAUACAAAUAUUUCUUAUGUAUAUGUAAAAUUCUUUUAAAAUUUAUCAUGUUACCAAGAUUUGCCAUUUUUAAGUAUAUGAUUCAGAGGGAUUUAUAACCAGCAAAUUUUUGGUUAUAGUUUGACAUCUGCUGAUGGAUAAAAAGUGCCUUACUCUUGCUGGCAGAAGUCUUAAUGAUGCAUGUGACAGUUACACUUCAUAUUAUAAAUUAGUAAUUUGACUUCAUAUGGUGAUUAUAGUCUAUCCUGAGAGCAGAAUCCCUACAAAAUCAGGGUGUCUGCAAGGAUGGAAGGUAGAUUCUUAAUAGUGAUAAAUUAAGUCAAUGCUACCAUUAUUUGAGGCCUCCCAAGAAAUGAUCAUACUAGCUGUUUCCCAUUUUUCCCUUCUGAUAUCCCUAGCUAUUUUUUUUUUUAAGAUUUAUUAAGAACUGGGGUACAGGCCAGAGUGUGGGGGGGUGAGAGGAUUCACCAGAGACAGAGUAGGAAACAGAACAGGCAGACUGAAAUACACUGCAGAGGGGAGCAGCGGGUGAGACAGGAGAGGUCUGCUGCCCCAUGUGGGUAUCUCCCUGGCUGGGGAUUGAACUCAUGCUGCAGUGGCUGCAGAUAGCUUCAUAGGUUGCAUCUUAACCCCUUGCACCACCAGGGAGUUUCCCUAGCUUUUGUUUUUGUUUAAAAAAAAAAAUACUUCGUAUAUUAGGUAUAAAGUGAGAUAGUGAUGAUGAUGAGUGAUAGUCCGUCUGGUGACCAGGAGAUAUGAAACAGCAUGGAGUGUGGUGGGCUGCUACAGGGAUCUUAGUAAUUUGGUGAAUAUAAAAAGUGAUUUUGGGGAGUUCCAGAUGAAAAUGUCAUACUUGAUUCAAGAUGUUAUCUUCUAAAGUUCUAUUGGGAUUACAGAAGAUACUGAAUGAUAAAAUUAUGGUAAUAAAAGAUCACAACCACAUUAAAAAGAUGACAAGGAUGCUGUAAGGCAUUUCUGGAAAUUACAAAACAAGAAACCAAAUCUUGGUGAAACGAAGAGACCUAAGAAUAGGAUACAUACAGAUGAAAAUUAAGGAAUCACCUCCAUUUUUAGAGGCAGCUAGGAGACUGGGUGGGUAAGUACAAUUUUAAAGGGCUGAAUAGUUAGGUCAGGCACUAGCUCAGAGAUGAAGGUCCGUAGAAUUCCUCCAAGCUAAAGCUCUAACAGCUUGCUAUUUGCCCAAACAGUCUUCAGACACUGUAGACUCCCAGAACAUAUGUAAGUGCCAUUGAAGUGUAGCAAUACCCUAGAUGUUCAUGGUUAGCUACCACAAUGAAUGCUGGUUCCUCAUACUUAGAACGUAGGCCAACAAAGAAGAGGUUGGUGACUCUAUUUCCCAUUUUCCCUACUGACUAUACUCCCUCUUUCCUCGCCAAUUAAAGUGCUAAAUUCCUUACAAUUAGAAUCUGCCAGGGAAUUUCACUCAAACCAAGAAUCUCCAGGUAACAAUAGUGAAUAGUAGUUGACAAACUACCAUCUAUUUUUUUUAAUAGAUGUUACAUUUUAAAGGAAGUAGAAAAAAAGAAUUAUGUGGCAGAUAGCCAUGUGUGGCUUUCAAAGCCUAAAAUGUAAAAUGCUCUUUUCAGAAUAAGUUUGCUGACUGCUAGGUUUUUGUUUACCGAUGUAGACAGACAAAACUGAGAAGCAAUAAAUAUUUAAAGAAAAGUAACGUAGGGCCUCCCUGGUGACUC